AUGUCCAUCAUGAGGAUACUGGUAGCCAUCUGCGGCUUGUUGGCUGUGGCCUUAGCAACACCAUUCCACAUCGAGCCUCUGAGCGAUGCAGAGAUCUUCUACAUCAACCAUGUGGCUAAUACAACGUGGAAGGCUGGACGCAACUUUCACCCUGCUGAGAUAAAAAGAGCCAGAGCUUUGUUAGGUGUGAACAUGGCUGAAAACAAAGCUUACAACAGAAUUCACUUAAAAUACAAACAAGUUCAGCCCAGGAAUGAUCUUCCAGACAACUUUGACCCAAGAACCAAAUGGCCAGAUUGUGCAAGUCUUAAUGAAAUCCGUGACCAAGCCAACUGUGGAUCUUGUUGGGCUUUCGGCUCGGCUGAGGCCAUGACUGACAGAAUCUGUAUCGCAGGAAAGGGAAACAUCCACAUCUCAGCUGAAGACAUCAACGAUUGCUGCAAGUCAUGCGGAAUGGGGUGUAACGGAGGCUAUCCAGCAGCAGCCUGGGAGUGGUAUGUGGACACUGGCGUCGUUUCCGGUGGUCAGUACGGAACCAACGAGGGCUGCAUGCCUUACUCUCUGCCACACUGCGACCACCACACAACUGGAAAGUACCAGCCCUGUCCAGCUGUUGUCCCCACACCAAAAUGUGAGAAGAAAUGCCUCACGGGUUACCCCAAGUCUUACUCCAACGACAAAACAAGAGGCAAGAAAUCCUACGGCGUCAGAGGCGUCCAGAGUAUCAUGCAGGAGCUAGUGGACAACGGACCAGUGACCGCAGCCUUUGAUGUCUACAGCGACUUCCUGUCCUACAAAACAGGUGUCUAUCGUCACACGACUGGGUCAUACGAAGGAGGACACGCAGUGAAGAUCAUCGGCUAUGGAACAGAAAGUGGUCAAGACUAUUGGUUGGUCGCCAACUCUUGGAACGAGGACUGGGGAGAUAAAGGUUUCUUCAAGAUUGCUAAAGGCAAAGACGAGUGCGGCAUUGAAAGCAGUAUUGUAGCUGGGGACCCAUAAGUCCAUUCGACUGAAACGACCAGCUAGUACGCCUGUGAAUGGACCACUUCUUAGAAUGCAGUCAUUCAAAGCGCUCAGAGAAUAUGUGUUAGUUUUUAUAUUUAUUUAAUUUAUUAGUCAACAUUUUUAUUAAUAAAAUACCUAAAACCUUA